UGCUGCUCGUCCUGAUGUCGCUCGCCACGGUCUGCGCCUCGUCGGCCAACGCGUGCGUCGCCGUCUUCUCCCUCCCCCCCGUCGCCAUCAUCGCCGCCCCGGUGGCGAGCCUGUGGGCCGCCGCCCUCGUCGCCGCGGCCGCCGUGCAGUGCCGCGUCGGCGGCAACCGGCUGCCCUUCCGCCGGCGCGGACCGCCGUCAAGCUCCGACCUCAGGCGGCUCAAGCACUUGUCCGACGGCUCGCAGGGCGUGCUCGCCGGCGCCGAGUCGCUCUCGGGCAGCGUGCGCACCGCCCUCGGCUGGAACGCGACGGGGCUGGUGGCGGUGGCGGUGCUGCUCCUCGCCCUCGCCCUCCCGGACGCGCACGCCACAUUCUCGACGCCGCAGCGCGUGCUGCUGCCCCUGUCCCUCCUCCUCAACCAGGCGCUCAUCUGCGUCGCGCUGCGCGCCCUCGCCGCGGCCGCCGGCACCACGGCGAAGGUGUGGGAGCUCGACGUCGCGCUGCUCGCCCACCCGCAAGGGGUGUGAGAAGGGAUGCUUGGAGGGAGGGAUCCGCCGUCGCCUCCGCCGUCGAGCUGAGGCGGGCUGAUGCCGCCGCCGCAAGGCGGCACGCGGACGCUCCGCCGCCUCGUCGUCGCGCUGCCUCGGCCGCGGCGCCUCGCGAGACACGGGGAGUCGACUACGGUCGCGCACUAUAGCGGGCGUCCAUUAGUCCACGAAGGCACAGCUAAUCAAUGUAGUGGUCGUCAUGUGGCUUUCUCGUCUUAUGCUUGUCUUUACGGUUGUGUUGUGUCAAAAA